GACUCAGAAGUCCUCUGAGUAAACUGCCUGAAACUUAGCAGUUGAGGUAGGUUCGGCUGAGUAAACUCCCCAACAUCGGGCCCCUCGGCUGGGGGUAAAUGCAGCUCUGUUUCCAGGCUGGAGAGAAGGUCAGCAAGCUGACAGCGGUCAGCCACCGAGCUGGACGCCUCCAGCUGUACAGAACACCGGACCGUGGACUACGGCUUCUGCUGGAGGCUCAUGCCGGUUCCGGGCCCUGCUAUGGCACAGCCCGCAGUGGAUCAUCAGACACGCUUUCAGGCUGCUGUGGAUGUCAUUCACAACCUCCCCAAAAAUGGCUGCUACCAGCCCUCCUACGAGGUGAUGCUGAGAUUCUACAGUUUGUACAAGCAGGCCAUGUGUGGACCGUGUGCAGUACCUCGUCCUGGCUUCUGGGACCCAGUGGGACGCUACAAAUGGUCAUCGACACCAUGCCCAUGAAUCACACCACGGCUUCUUUCUUCCAUCACUUUGAGCCUCUCUACUCAGUGAUUGGUGACAUGCCUCGGCCCCCAGCAUCACUGCUCACGCACGUAGCUGGGGUCCGGCAUGAAGACACUCUCUCAAAGAUGAAGGCUGAUGGGGAGAAGCAGGAGGGCCCUGACCUACACGUGGAGCUGAACAUGCAUGAAGUUGUCCACCUGUCUCCCUACUCCCUCCCAAAUGAAUCUGGGAUACCUGAGCCUCUACUGAUCACCAGUGACUCAGAGAGUGACAUCUUUUGUGACUCUGUGGAUUCAGUGGAGCAGCUGAGCAGCAUGACGAUCCAAGCCAGUAAGUCACUCAGCGUUUACUAUGGCCAGGAGGUCUGUCCAGGUGAGGGCCAUCACCAGCUGAGCCACCUGGAGGGACGGCAGGCUGGAGCAGGUCAGGGUGGAGAAGGAGCAGAGUACCGGAGGGGUCAGAGGCCCCCCAGGGGGAGUCGAGAACCUGGGAGAGAAGCUUGUUACAGACCUGCUCCAACAGGUGAGCCAAGGCAGGCGCCCCAAGGCGGGGCAGGUGGUUCUGGACAAAGAGGGGGCGAUGGGUCGGAGGGCAGAGCCGAGAGGCUGCAUGAUGCCUAUCUGCAGCAGCAGGUCAUCCUGGCUCUGCGACGGCUCAGAGAAGACAUGGGGAGUGUGAUGGAGAGGCUGGAGGUGGUGGAGCGGCUCGCUGCCUCUCACGUUCCCGGCUCGGAGUGGAGAACCUGCCUUCAGUGUGCAGCUUCACAACAGCGCUUUAAAGUCGACAGACAUCAUCCAUGACAGAUGACACACGGGACCAGAAGCUAACUCUCUCAUCUUCCAAUCAUUUUAGUGACCCAGUAGCUGGGUGUGGCCUAACCCCAUCCGACCCCGCACCAAGCUGACGGAGCUGUGUAGGGGCUCCUGUUUGCUCUCAGAUCCAGAUAGGUCCAGAGACCUCGUUUAACAUUUGUAGAAACUGCCCAAUGUUCCUUCCUAUGGAGGAAAUGAAGAAUGUUUGUACAAAAUGUAUGAAACGUGCGGUGGUCUCUCGUACGCACGUUCCUCUGCACUCGUCUGGAGAUAACUCCCACCUUGCUACCCAGGUGCUCAUGUCCUGUCAGUCGUGUACACACAGGAACGCCCUCAGUUAAACGUAUUUGGUCACGCCACGUCCUCAGCUCGUGAGAGAUUGCCCUGGGUUUUCCACAAAAAUAAUAAAUAACUUUAUUGAUAACAAGGUCAGGACGCUGGCUGCUGAAGCACAAAGAACCAAACAAGUUGUAGAGGUUCUAAACGCGGUCGGGACGGAGGAGAGGUUCCUGUCAGGGAUAAACAAAACUUUCAUCUGAUAAAUCGUAGAGGAACGGGCAACACAACAACCUGUCAUCCAGUCUGGUUACCAUGGCAACGCAGCGUGUAUGACCGGGGAGCAGAGGAGGUUCUGGGGGAUUCUCAGGAAUGGGAUUUGUGAGGUUUGUGUGUCGCUCCCAAAUCCCAGCACAGCUCCAGAAGGAUCUCCUUCAGGAAGAUCAGCGCGCUCUCCGAGGACACGUUCCCUCCAGAGAUCACCCUCUGCUAAAUCCUCCUCCACAGACCAGCCAUGGUGUAAUGUCAGGUUCCCGCUGUCACAGGUGUCCUUUAUUGGUUUUAGCACCAUUUAUGCUAAAAAGAUGUUUCUACCAACAUAAUUACUUACUUUAUGGGUAGGAACGCGUGUGGACGACUGAGACCUUCAGUAGCGCGGUUCUCUGUUCUACCACCAGAUGCUGUUCCUACACAUGGUCACAGCGGUUCUUAUGUUUAGGAACGUUUCUACGCACAAGAACAACAUGGUAGAUGUGUCAAAUGGGUCCUGCGUACAGAUCUGUACGGCUGAUUGUUGAGAUAAACUAAUGCAUCCAUCU